AGGCAGGCACAGAGAACAGCAGGUCUCGACGUCUCUGACAACCCCUAAACUCCCGUGCCAAUAACGAUUUUUGGAUUCGGAAACGGAGCUGGAAGAGUAAAUGUAUUUGCAUUUUAAAGCUUAUUUUGUGAAUUUGGUUUAUCGUUUGCGCUAGAAUAUUGUCAAUUUGAAACACAGCAAGAGAAACUCGAGAGUAGCUUUUGAGGUUUACAGUCCCAACCUAUUAGAGACAGUAUUCCCUAUCCUUUGCCAUGGCUUCGACAACCUGUACCAGAUUUACCGACGAGUAUAAUCUCUACGAAGAGCUGGGAAAGGGAGCUUUCUCCAUAGUGAAAAGAUGCAUGAGGAUCUCCAGCGGACAGGAGUUUGCUGCCAAAAUCAUCAACACAAAGAAGCUAUCUGCUCGGGAUCACCAGAAGCUGGAGCGAGAGGCCAGGAUUUGUCGCCUGCUCAAGCACCCCAAUAUCGUGAGGCUCCAUGACAGCAUAUCAGAGGAGGGAUUCCACUAUCUGGUCUUUGACUUGGUGACUGGCGGGGAGCUGUUCGAGGACAUCGUGGCCAGAGAGUACUACAGCGAAGCGGACGCCAGUCAUUGCAUUCAGCAGAUCCUAGAGGCCGUGCUCCACUGCCACCAGAUGGGCGUGGUCCACCGCGACCUGAAGCCUGAAAAUCUGCUCCUAGCCAGUAAGCUGAAGGGAGCAGCGGUGAAGUUGGCAGACUUUGGUCUGGCCAUCGAGGUGCAGGGAGACCAGCAGGCAUGGUUCGGUUUUGCGGGAACCCCAGGCUACCUGUCCCCAGAGGUCCUGAGGAAAGACCCCUAUGGGAAACCUGUGGAUAUGUGGGCCUGUGGUGUGAUUCUCUACAUUCUCCUGGUGGGCUACCCUCCCUUCUGGGACGAGGACCAGCACAGACUGUACCAGCAGAUCAAGGCUGGGGCUUACGAUUUUCCGUCCCCUGAGUGGGACACAGUGACCCCCGAGGCCAAAGACCUGAUUAACAAGAUGUUGACCAUCAACCCUGUCAAGAGGGUCACCGCCACAGAUGCACUCAAACACCCCUGGAUCUGUCAACGUUCCACUGUGGCGUCCAUGAUGCACAGACAGGAGACGGUGGAGUGCCUGAGGAAGUUCAACGCCAGGAGGAAGCUCAAGGGUGCUAUCCUCACCACCAUGCUGGCCACACGCAACUUCUCAGCAGCCAAGAGCCUGCUCAACAAGAAAGCUGACGGCGUCAAGGAGACCAGUGAGAGUGCAAACACCACCAUGGAGGAUGAGGACGUGAAAGCUCGUAAGCAGGAGAUCAUCAAAGUGACUGAGCAGCUGAUUGAGGCCAUCAACAAUGGAGACUUUGAAGCCUACACGAAGAUCUGUGAUCCCGGGCUUACAUCCUUUGAGCCAGAGGCUUUGGGAAACCUAGUCGAGGGAACCGACUUCCACAGAUUCUACUUUGAGAACGCUCUGUCCAGGGGCAAGCAAGUGCCCGUCCACACCAUCCUGCUCAACCCCCACGUGCACCUGAUCGGCGACGAUGCGGCGUGCAUCGCUUACAUCCGCCUCACCCAGUACAUGGACGCCAGCGGCAUGCCACGCACCAUGCAGUCGGAGGAGACCCGCAUCUGGCACCGCCGUGACGCCAAGUGGCAGAACAUCCACUUCCACCGCUCCGGCUCGCCCACUGUGCCCGCCAAAUAAGUUGACUAGAGUUGAGGACCCCCUAGCCUACAGCUGUCACCUGACCUACAGAAUCUGCCUACUAAGUGUGUGACAUCCUCGCCCAAUCCCAUCCCAACGCUACAACUCCGCCCUCUGAGUGUUGUUUACAUAUCGUCGCUGCUGGACUGAAGAUUCUUCUUGUAAAAUAUCAAAAGGAAACAACGAUCUUGACGAUAUCAUUUUAUAGAGAAAAUGUUGGUGUUUUAUCGCAUUGUUCCAUUCUUCUCAGUCAUCGCAGGACAUUUAUGACUGAAACAUAUAUCUUUUUUAUUUUAAUACAAUAAUUUACUAAUUUUAAACAUGUUUUCAGUUUGAAUGCCAUAGGAAAAUGUAUACAGUACAUGCCAGAGUUGUUGACGAUAUGUGAAGAUUGCAAAUGUGUGGGUUUGAGAUAUGAGAGAUAUUCAAUCUUAAAUAAUAUACAGUAAUACAGUGUCGUCCGUAAUUAUUAGGACUGUGAAGCAUUUUUUCUUCUUUUGAAAUCGUGGCUGAAGUUUAUAGUGCAGACUGACAGCUUUAAUUUGAAGUUAUUUUCAUCCAUAUCAGGUGAACCGUUUAGA